AGAACCGGGGGGGGUGAUAGGAAAGGGGGAUCAAAAUGUCCCAUAUUUUAAGUGAGGGCUUUCCGGACCUUCGGAACCUCCCUUUUUUUCCAUGCUUUCCGUUGGUCAACAACCACAACUCACUAUAGUUCUUCACUACUCGUACAGGCUUGACGGAGUUAAGCUGUCUGGAGGGAAUCAUUUUUUCUCAAUCAAGAAUGCCUCAACUGGAUAAAUUCACUUAUUUCACACAAUUCUUCUGGUCAUGCCUUUUCCUCUUUACUUUCUAUAUUCCCAUAUGCAAUGAUGGAGAUGGAGUACUUGGGAUCAGCAGAAUUCUAAAACUACGGAACCAACUGGUUUCACACCGGGGGAACAACAUCCGGAGCAACGACCCCAACAGUUUGGAAGAUAUCUUGAGAAAAGGUUUUAGCACCGGUGUAUCCUAUAUGUACUCUAGUUUAUUCGAAGUAUCCCAAUGGUGUAACGCCGUCGACUUAUUGGGAAAAAGGAGUCAAAUAACUUUGAUCUCUUGUUUCGGAGAAAUAAGUGGCUCACGAGGAAUGGAAAGAAACAUAUUCUAUUUGAUCUCGAAGUCCUCAUAUAGUAACAAAAGAUUGUAA